ACAUCUCCAUUAUCCUCGCAACUUCCUCACAAAAAAAAAACAUUUUAUCAAACCUAUACAUGUAUGCUUAGCCUAUCAUGAGUAACAUCCCUAGAUCUCUCACCGACUCAUCUCUCUCUAUAUUUCUUCUCACUAUCUCUUCUGCCGUCGAUCCUUGGCCCUUUUCUAUCACCGUCUUUUAACACCAGCUGCUCUUCUCCGUCGUUAAUCGUUUUUCAAUCAAUCUUCGUGUUUCUCGAUAAGUGUUUUGGUAAGAGAGACUCUAUCUCUUUGAUGGGUUUUGAAGAACACGUGCAUAAACAGAUGGUGUUCAAGUUUCACUUUCCUCAUCUCCACAUACUCCAUCAUCAUAACCAUCAUCAUGUUCCUAAAGGCUGUGUUGCGAUCAUGGUGGGCCACGAAGGAGAUACAGAAGGUCUACACAGAUUCAUUGUUCCGUUGAUGUUCUUGAACCAUCCUCUGUUCUUGAGGCUCUUGAAAGAAGCUGAAGAAGAGUACGGUUUCAAACACGCUGGUCCGAUUACGAUUCCUUGCCGUGUCGAUAAGUUUAAGCAUGUUCAGGAGAUUAUCGAUGAGGAGAUUCAUCGCCGUCAUAGUCACGGUAACGGACACAACAACCAUAGCCACCACCACCACAACAACCAUCUGCGAUGUUUCUGAAGAUCUCUGUGUUUGGCAUUGGUUUGGUUUGGUUUGGUUUGGUUUGACAUGUAAUUGAUUGGUUUGGUUUGGUUUGACUUCUCUUUUGAGAUUGGUUUAGUUUGCUUAGUGAUGAUGAUGAAAAAUACAGAGUGCAAUUGAAUGUGAAUGCUUCUCUCAUCUUUUACUAAUGUAAUCGUGAGGAAUAAGGAAUUUCAAUGUGUUAUUGCCUGAUUGGAAUAACGUUCCAUUUGUAUUUAUUAUUUGGAAUAUUUUUUAAUUAUGUAAUUGAUUCUAACGCGUUUGGCCA